GGUCCACAGGUAGCUUAAGCAUUAGCCAAAGGAAGUAUUCAACAAUAAUUAAAAUGUCUUCUGCCAAAACUCCAAAUGAAAAUGAAACACCCAAAGAGAGAAAACCAGGACUGAGGAGUGUUCAAACAACAAUGCUCUUACGAGCUGUGAACCCAGAGCUUUUCAUUAAACCUAACAAACCUGUGAUGACAUUUGGACUCAUAGCAAUUACCCUCUGUGUGGCCUACCUUGGUUAUUUGCAUGCAACAGUAGAGAAUAAAAAGGACCUCUAUGAAGCAAUCGACAGUGAGGGAUCCAGGUAUAUGAGAAGGAAAACUUCCAAGUGGGACUGACAACGUAAGGAAGGAAAUCAGGAAAUCAGCAAAUCAGCCACAGAACUUUUCAAGGCAACUGCUGUUUUUUCCUCUGUCCAUUGACAUAAUGGAUGAAUGCGUGUCUUGCUAUUUAAUCCAAUUUAAGUUCCUUUAUAAAAUGCCAUGCCUGUACAAAUAAAUUGCAAUUAAGAUGCAUGGGAACAUAAAAGUGAUUUUAAGAA